UAUCUCCCUCUCUCUCUCAGUGACGUAGCGCGUCAGUUUAGACCAGCAGAGGAGGCAAACAGGGCAGUCUGUCAACUUGUUUUCCCGGUGUGGACGAUAGAGUAGACUGCAGAAGCAGAACGGUAGCCUGCACUGCAGUAGACAUAUUUUGUUGUCAGAGAGUGUUUGUGCCGGGGCGCUGGAGAGGAGGACAAACGGAGGAGGUUGUCCGUGCGGCUGUCAAGAAAACAGGGGGAGCGCAUACAUACCAGAGGCACAGCUAUCAUAACUAAUUCAUUGUCGCUACAGACCGGUGGACAGGCUAACCUGCUAACUAAUAAGCCCGAAAGACUCACACGGGGUCGGUGUGGUGAGGAGUCACAGGGGGCAACAUGGUGGAUUACUAUAACGUCCUAGGAGUGUCAAAAACAGCCUCUCAGGAUGACAUCAAGAAGGCGUACAGGAAACUGGCACUGAAAUGGCAUCCAGACAAAAAUCCAGACAACAAGGAGGAAGCAGAGAUAAAGUUCAAAGAACUGUCUGAGGCCUAUGAAGUCCUAUCUGACAAGAGUAAGCGUGAUGCAUAUGACAGAUGUGGAACUGACAGAAUGCGACACACAGGUUCCUCCAACUCAGACUUUUCAUCAGAUUUCCCAGGUUUCACCUUCACAUUCCGCAACCCAGAUGAUGUGUUCAGAGAGUUUUUUGGCGGCCAGGAUCCUUUCGCUAACUUCUUUGAUGACUUCUCAUCCUUUGGAGGCAUGUCGUCUCGCCUCGGCCCGGGUCGAUUCUUUUCUUUCCCUUCAACAGGAGUCGAUUUUACCUCCUUCUCCUCUUCCAUGGGUGGUCUGGAUGGGAUGGACAGCAUGGGCGGCGGUAUGGGCCACUUCAAGUCAGUUUCUACCUCCACUCGCAUCAUGAAUGGCAAACGCACCACCACCAAGAAGAUAAAGGAGAACGGGCAGGAGAGAACAGAGAUUGAGGAGGACGGGGUGUUAAAGAGUGUCCUAAUCAAUGGUGUGCAGGAUGAAAUGGCCCUCGCUCUGGAACUGAGCCGGCGAGGGGAACAGUCCCGUCAAUCUCCUCAGAAACCCAGAAUCCAACACAGACCACCUGCCGAGUGUGACAGACCCCGCCCCAGCCCUCACUCCGCAGCCACACACCGCUCAUUCAGCUCCGCCCCAUUCUACCACUACGGAGUCGCAGCUGGCAGUGAGGAGGAAGAAGAAGAUGAAGAUCUGCAGAUGGCUUUGGCAUGCAGCUUGUCAGAAAUGGAUGCCAAGCAGAGAGCAACUGCUACCGACUUCAUAUCAGGUGCCGGGGAUGGGGGCGGAGCCAUGAAGUGCACAAUUGAUGGCUCCAAAGUAGGCAGGGUUGUUAAGAUUACCCAAUUGAAUGUGGCUGAUGGUGUAGGGCAGGGAGAGGAUGGGGGGCAGUUUAAAAAGGGCUCAGGGCCUGGUUCUUGGUCAGAAAUGGAGGGAAAGGUUAAAAGCGAACCAGACUUCUCUCCUGAGUCAUCCACUACUGCCACCACCACGCCUCUGAGCCAAAGCAGUGAAGAAGAGUUUGCACCUGCCAUGAAAAAUAGUGACGGCAGCGUGAAAAAGAAAAAGAAGUGCGGCUGUAUUAUGUGUUAACACAGUGUGUGUGUGUGUGUGUGUGUGUGUGUGUGUGUGUGUGUGUGUGUGUGUGUGUGUGUUUGUGUUUGUAGUGGGAUGCCUUAAUUUUUAUACUAACAUCCGCGUUUCUGCUUUAAGCCAGACUCUAAUGUAAUGUGAUUGCCAGACUCAGACAGUGCCUGAACCUAUCACAAUGCUUUCAUGCAGACUCAAAACUAAAAGAGACAGUUAGUCGGCUUUGACAUGAUGCCAACCCAGACAUUUCCAUAUCCUUUUCCAGUACAGCUGAAAGAUCAAAUAGAAUGCAAAGCAAUACAGAUGAUUUGUGAAUGUAUGUAAAUAUGCCAAAUGUUUACACAGACUGAAAAUAAUUUGAGGGUUGAGAGGGAUUUAGAUGUGGCUAAGUUUGUAGUGAUUUAAAUACCAGUAAGUGCUGUGUGUUUGUGUGUGUGUGUGUGUGUGUGUGUGUGUGUGUGUGUGUGUGUGUGUGUGUGUGUGUGUGUGGAUCAGUUGCGACUAUAGAAGCAUUUCAAUCCGACUCUUGCUAAAGGAAUGUAUGUCACACUUAGCCCAGUCCAAAACAGUCUUCGGUACUUGAAUAACUUUUUAAAAACUUGUUUUUAUUAAAAAAGCUCUUUAUUGGUCAGCUUAUACUGAUUUUUAGAAUAUGCUGUAUAUAGUGGCAAAAAGAUAGAUGAAGCAGUCUCACACUUUGCAAACACACCGGCUUUCUAGUCAGAAUCACUCAGACCGGCGGCCAAAGUAUCAUUUAAUGAAGUCCAAGCCUUAAUACGCUGCAAUAUCACGACCAUAUUUGGUCAGAUUGCAGAUUAGGGUUUGGCAGCACUUUAUGAGGCUGAAAGGCACAGUGUACAAUAUGUACAGCAUUAAGACUGAUUGUUAAUUACAGUCAAUAUUAAUUAGUAUAUACAUCCUUAAUAUUGGGAACCUUUUGAUGCCUUUGCACGAUUUGCCUACUUUAUAUAAAUGUUUCCUACUUUAACACCUAAAAUGUGCCACGUUAGAAAACAUUACGUUUAUCAAAGCACAGUUAAUGACAAAGCUAUACAUUAGUGAACAGGAGUGUUGUAAGGUGAGGAGGGGGGAGGAAGUGUGGUUAAGUUCAACUACACUGUGAAUGCUUUAAAAUGAUGUCCCCAAUCAACAAAUCAAUGCUGCGUUUGAUUUCCCUUGGACAGGUUUGAUCUGUCAAGGAGGUAAUGUAGCUGCCUUUUCCUUCCUGUCAACCUGAAGUGAAAACACUAGUUAAAGUAUUCUUGUAAUAAUCUGCCAAACAUGUAUCUUGAGAGGAGUUGAGAAUAAUUCUAGAUGUGGUUUUUCAUCAUAUCAUAACCCCAUCUUUGCACCACAGCAAGACAUACCUGCAUAUUAUCAGUGUAGUGAAUAGGUACUGUGCACCGUCCAGGAGAAGUGACGAAAAACAAACUGCUGACUAUGACUGCUGCUGUAGAACUGCUUGUGUGCAGGUGUGUUGUGUGGAGCGACUCUUAGAAAGGAAAACACUACUCUAAAUACAAGUAUUAUGUUAAAGAACACUUUUUUACUGCUGUUCAAAGACAUGCCUGUCUCAGUAAGUACCUCAGUGUCUUGUUGCUGGCACUGCCGAUAUACAUAGAGCACAAUAAGUGUGUUAUUUAGAUGUUGCAUAUUUUUCAUGAGUGCUUUCUUUAUUUUGUUCUGCAUGAGUUUUGCUUCGCUUUAAAGAAUAACGCUCAUCACUUGCAAAAAUGAGGCUCGGCUGAGUUUAUCAGUUCUCUUCUCAGUGCUGUUGAUGCCCAUGGAAAGGGAAUGAGAAAGAGGCAGAUGCUUUCUCUUAUUAAAAAACUCCCUGUAUUAUUUGUACUACCUUGAACUGCCAUGUGUUUUGUUAUUUUUAUUUUUCAGAUUGUUAAAAAGGAAAUAACAAAUAAAGAGUGACUCAAAGAGGA